CCGGCAGGGGGCGCUGCCGCACGACGAGACCGGCCUUUAGCCGGAACGAACGAUAGAAGGGGUUUGCGCGGCUUCCGUAUCCUGCAGUCCGCUUUUUAAAUUGUGGAGGAAGUGGAGUGAAAGACACGAAAAAUGGGUUUCGUCAAGGUGGUGAAGAAUAAAGCCUACUUCAAGAGAUACGAAGUGAAAUUCCGCAGGAGAAGAGAGGGGAAAACCGACUACUUUGCUCGCAAACGCCUGGUUGUGCAGGACAAGAACAAGUACAACACCCCCAAGUACCGGCUGAUUGUCCGGCUCUCCAACAGGGAUAUCUGCUGCCAGAUCGCCUACUCAAAGAUCGAGGGGGACCACAUCGUGAGUGCUGCUUACUCCCACGAGCUGCCCAAGUACGGCAUCAAUGUGGGCCUCACCAACUACGCUGCAGCCUACUGCACGGGGCUCCUGCUGGCCCGCAGGCUGCUGCACAAGUUCGGCAUGGACCAGGUGUACGAGGGUCAGGUGGAGGUGACGGGAGACGAGUUCAACGUGGAGAGCGUGGAUGGGCAGCCCAGCGCCUUCACCUGUUACCUGGAUGCAGGGCUGGCCAGAACCAGCACAGGGAACAAGGUGUUCGGAGCCCUGAAGGGAGCAGUGGACGGAGGACUGGCCAUUCCUCACAGCUUGAAACGCUUCCCUGGUUACGACUUGGAGAGCAAAGAGUUUGACGCAGAGGUGCAUCGGAAACACAUCAUGGGUAUGAACGUGGCAGAUUACAUGUCCUACCUGAUGGAGGAGGACGAGGACGCCUACAAGAAGCAGUUCUCUCGCUUCAUCAAGAACGGAGUGACCCCAGACACGGUAGAAGAAAUGUACAAGAAAGCACACGCCGCCAUCAGAGCGAAUCCUGUACACGAAAAGAAACCUAAAAGAGACGUCACAAAGAAGAGGUGGAACCGCGCCAAGUUAUCCCUGGCACAGAGGAAGAACCGCGUCGCCCAGAAAAAAGCCAGCUUCUUACGAGCACAAGAACAAGAGGCAGGGGAUGGUUAGGGGCGCGGCAGAACCGGCCAACACGUCACAGACAAAUAAAUAUAUUCCAGUCAAC